GCAGAUGUACAUCGGAGAGAGUGAGAGGUGUGAUGGAGAGCUGACCGGAAAUACCAAGAAAAAAAAGAAUGCAUGGGAGAGAAAAAAGAAGGUUUACCAUAUACUCCUUGUUUGGAAUGAAUGAUUAAAAAAAGGAAGGAGAAUAUUAAAGAACAGGAGUGAGAAACGAAUGAGAGAAAAGAAGGGAUACAGCGCUCUCAUACACACUGAGGCAGAAAGACAUCUGGAGUCAAGGAGACCAAUCAAGCAGCACAUGUAAUUGCAGUCAAACAGCCUCUGAGGACUAAGAAACGACAUGAUCAAAUGCUGAGACACAAGAAGUUUUCCAACUAAUGAGACCAUACAGGACAUGCUGACUUCAACCCACACACUUUGCUUUCUAUGAAGCAUAAUCAAGCUUGGACAGAAAAACAUGCUAACUAAGAGAGGUCCCUCCCCCUUCAGCUGCGGCUCUGGGGGUUGAGCCAAUCGGCACAGGCCAUGGGCCGAAAGGCAGCUGACGCGACUAAUCCAGUGCCAGCGCUGGGCGGACGGGGAGUUCUGUCACAGAAAUGGGGACCUCUUUGCAGUGUAGGGGUGCAGACAUCACCAGGACUACGCUCUCUUCCUUCUUUAAAGAGGAGGAGUCAGACAACAGGGACGGCCUGUGGGAAUUCUGUCCCUGUGGAAACCAUGUCUCUAGACAGAGCGAAGCCCAAUUUGGGGCAAUUUCGGAACUGCACAAGCAAAGUAUCCCAGGAUGAGACAUCACAGGACGGCAGUGUCUACUGCCAGAUCAAAUCGAUCCGAACAAACCCCAACCAGUCCGGAUGCAGGGGAAAUUUCAAAAGGAACCCUCGUUUCAUCAAUGGCAGUGUAGUAGCAUCUGAAUUAGUGGAAGGGGUCUGUAGUGAGGGGGUGGAGAUAGGGGAAGUGAGUAGUCAAAGAGAGACUGAAACGCAAAUUCAGAGGCGGGGUCAAUCACUAAAAGGGGAGAAGACAUGCCCUACAGUGCAGUGUGGAAGUGUGAGGUCAUAUGCCACACACCCCCGCCCCUGCCGUGUAAUGACAUCAUGCAGACCAUGCACAGCAUGUGGACAAAAAUUACAAGCUCCAUCCUGCAUUGCACCUGCAUGCCGUAAACGAGAGACCAGUCAGAUUCGAGCAAGCAUGACCCUUCCAAUGCCUCCUAGAAAAGAUGCACCCAGACUGCAGAAGCAGCAGUCUACAGACACACACCCAACCCACACUUCAUACACAUCUAUCACUUCCACUCAUGCUGGGAGCAUACACAAAGAGAACUCUUUAGACAAAAGUGAGAAAACCACACAGGAAGCAAAUACUCAACCAAACGAUCCAUCCACACAACCACAUAACAAAACAUGUAACAAAAACUCUGCAACGAAAACAAUACAAAUAUCUACAAAUUCAUGUAAACGAAAAACACCAGAGCACCCACAAACCCACAAAUUGCAGACAGGAACAUUGAAAAAUAAAACACAACCAACAGAAUCAACAGCAGCUCAAAAACAACAUACCCCGAAAAAGGUACAGCUCACAGCAGAGUAUACGAAUAACCAAACGUAUGCAACUAUUGCAUCGGCUCCUUCAUCUGUCUCUGUCACUCCUAAACCUCCUGUGCUUUCUAUUGGAUCAGAAUCGCAAACCACACCCACUCUCCCACCAAAAAAUGCUUCCCAUUGCAAACCUUCAGAAACAACAACAAAACCAGAAUCACCAGGAUCAGAGACCAAAGCAUCGUCACAAGCCCAACCCCCCAAUCAAGAACCGAAAAUUGCAUCAGCCCCAGAAACCAAACCAGAACUGGUAGAUUAUCAGCCGUUACAGAAAAACCUGGCAGAAGCACAGAUCCCACUGUGUAAUGGGGUGCCAUCAGCACUACAUGGACUACUGCAGAACAUAGAGGAGAACCUGCUGUCCAACCAGGAAAAGAUUAAAGUUCUUCUCAAUGUCAUUCAGGACCUGGAGAAGAGCAAGGCAAUGAGUGAGGGACGCUGUUCUUACAGAACAGGGCAAGACAUCAACAACUGCUCGACCUGCCAGAAAACAGCCUGCAUCAUUUACAGUGUGGAGCAUGAUUUCCGUCUGCAGGAGGGCCGCUUCCAGAGUGUCCUUGAGGCACUGGACAUGGAGUAUGAUGUUCCUUCAUUCCCUAAAGCUGACCCCUCUCGACCACGAAACAAGAACCGCAUCAAGAAACUCCGUAAGAAGUGCUUCUGGUGGCUAUAGCCCUCAGCAAUGGCUGCCAAGGCAACGAUUACCAUGAGCAUCGCUAUUACAGUGAAAGGCUUUGUGCAUUCCAAUUACAGGAGACAUACAAUGUCCGUAGCCAAGGAACAGCUCUAUGAGCUUGUGGCUUUUAGGUGUGGGAAAGUUUGAAUUGCAAUUCUGGAGUUACACCAGCACUGUCAUCAUGGACACAUUAGAUUCAUUCCUAGAAUGUAGCCGAUAACAAAAAUAAAAGAUUACAGAUAAUGAUCUCAUGUCAUAUAUGGCAAGUCCCGAGAACAAUGGCUUUAGUUUUUGCUCUCCUUUUGCAAUCCAAGAAUUUCUUUUUGUGUCCUUUUCAUGUUAAAAUUUCUGUCUAAAGGCCACACAGGCACACAUACCAGGAUAAUGGAAACUAUAAGACAUCUCUGAAACCCCAGGAGACCCAAGAGAUGGAGACUCAGGCAGUCAAUAGGCCCUCCUUAAAGAGUGACAGAACUGUGAUUCAAUCAAUACUGCCCUUCACGGUGACUGUCGGAACGCUAACCCAAUAGAGACGAUCCGUCACAAAUAGCAGUAUUUCAUCACUGCAUUCCCUGACUGAGGGUGAAAUGUAGACUUAAUCAGCACUAACUGCAGUCUAACUCAAUGUCUUAUUAAAAAGAGUAGAGCAGAUACAAUCAUCAUGAUUUUUUUUUAGCUGGUUGCGUCAAGUGUGAAAGUCUUCAACAAGGGUGGUGCAGGAUUUGCACAUUCCAGUACUGAAAUUUGGUCUGGAUAAUAUUCCAGCAUUUUUCAUCCUAAUCCCUAUCCACCAUGUCAGUACCAGGAUGAACAAAUUCUACAUUUAUUAGUUAGCCUACUAGGCGAGUAAAAGCUCCAAUAUGCGGCCCAGUUCCAUUUUUUUGGUCGACCAGAAACCAAUAGACUAACCUAAAAAACGUAUCAAACCGUAUCAAAGUUUUCACCUUUUCACCUGGGAUCACAAGUUCAGCUCCCAGUGAUACCAUGUCAAUCUGUGGCCAGAAACCAAAGGACCAAAAGACUGCCCUGCUGUCUGGGUGGGAGGGAUGGCAUAUUUUCUCUCUCUCUCCUGUCUCUAAUCAUAGUAAAAAUAGCCACUCAUAGGAGUCUGUGAGCUCAUGUAUGCGGAAGAGGACAGAAUGCCUACUGAUGCUGCAUGAACAGCAGUUAGAAAUAAAUUCCGCCCUUACUUAGUAGAUGUCAUGUGAUGGGGAGACUAUGGCUAGCUAGAUGGAGCAAACUGGCAGGAAUGAGAAAUGUGGUGUUAGUGUAUGUAAUAACAUAUGGUGAGCUAGUUAAGUGCAUUGAUAAAGGCUUAGAAAAUCAAACUUUUAUGAUUACUAUCCUCAUAAAAAUUUGAUUACAGUAAAAGAUUUUUUUGAAUAUGACUCUCUCAUACUUUGACCUUAUUGUGAGAGUGUUUAGUUUUGUGUUAUAAUUAAUCUUUUAUUGAAUUCAGUAAUUGCCCUUUAGAGUUAGGAGUGAGGCGUUAUUCUUUUUUAAUUACAGGGAAGUAUGUACUAAUCUUAUGUGUUCAGCGAAUUGUGAGAAAUAGAGAUUAGGAUGAAAAAGUGGAGUAUUCCUUUAAAGCGCCGCUCCCUCCUCGCAUUACCACCUGCCUCCAAGUUGCUCUCCAUAGCAAUAUAAUUUUUGAGACUAAUGUAACAUGUACAAGACACAGAUGAGAAAAACUGCAAUGUAUAUGCAUUAUAGUUUCACAGUGUGACUUCAUUAGUGAAAUGGAUGCACGCACACACACACACACACACACACAGUCUUCCACUGUUUUUCUGUCUUGAUCGUAAACAUCUCCAUUAAUGUAUUUUUGUAAGCUGCUAUUUUAAUAGGCUAAAAUGACAUUACCCAUGAUUCUCCCUGCCACCCUUUAGCUGUAGCCACAGCUGUUUGUAAGUGGUUUAUUUGGGAUGAUA